AUGACUUCUUCCCACUUGCUAGGGACGCCGUCGCCGGGUCCUAGAAGGUUAUCGACGAGACGACGAUCCUCAAGAUCACCGCUCGUUCCUCAGUCAUGGGCACUCCUCCUAUUCCUUCUACUACUCACCGUCAUUCGGAGCUCCGACGCCCAGCUCGACCCCAUCAAGAACUUCUGCCGAAUCUUCGGCCACCAAACCGCCGUAAUCGAUAACAAACUCUACAUAGAUGGUGGUUUCAUCAACUACAACCCCAUCUCCCAGUAUCCAGCCAAUUACACAAACACUGCCCUUCUCUACCUCGACCUCACAACCAUCACCGAAUCUGGCAUGCCUCCUCUCCUGUUCACCUCUCCGCCAAAGAACUCCUCUGUCCCCUCCGUCCACGGCGCUGCCCUCUGGGCCGAUCAACUCAACAAGCGACUUUACCUCUUCGGCGGUGAACCUCCGCCUUCACUUCCUGCUUCGAACUACUAUCUGCCUUCGUUAUGGUCCUUUGAUGCCGUGUCGGAAGAAUGGGAAUUAGCUGCCCCCAAGAACAAUCCGAAUCAGGUGAAGGUAGACGGUGUCUCAUAUGGAGCUGGGGUUAGUGUAGAAGAGAGAGGAGAGGGGUAUUAUUUCGGCGGAUGGAUAUCUGACAGUAGUACGGGUAAUUCGACGGGAGUGGCGUCUGGAGCAUUGAUGAAGUUUGAUUUUGACGAGGGGCAGUGGUCGAGGAAUCAGGGGCCAGAUCAGGGGGGGAGUGGAAAGACAGGAAGGGCAGAAGGCUCCAUGGUGUUCAUCCCGAUAGGGGAUGGCGGGAUGUUGGUUUACUUUGGGGGAGUGAUGCAGACGACUGAGGAUGAAAAGAACGGUGGGAAUGUGACGACUGAAGGCCAGCCGAUGGAGAUGAUCUAUCUGUAUGAUGUGCUGAGUAGUAAGUGGUAUGUGCAGAAUGCGACGGGGGAGGUGCCGGGGAGGAGGAGGCGGUUCUGCUCCGGGGCUAGUUGGGCCAGCGACCAGAGCUCAUAUAAUUUAUACAUCUAUGGCGGCGCCUCCACUCCCCCGGAUAAUCACCCUGGUUACGACGACGUCUAUAUCCUUACGAUUCCCUCCUUCCAAUGGCUGAAGCUCUAUCCUAAGCCUUCCGACAACUCUGAUCCAAGCCAGAAUAACCAGCAAGGGGGAGCAUACCCGCAUCACUCGCUGAGCUGCAAUGUCAUUUCUCAGGCCCAGAUGCUGAUCAUAGGGGGAAGCUUCCCGCUCUCGACCGACUGCGACGUACCCUCCCAGUUCGGCACACAUAACCUCGACCUAGGUGAGCAGAAUGCCAAGAAGGAGCCGUGGCAGUUGUUCAACCCAAAUCUGACCACGUAUGUGGUGCCGGAUGUGGUGGUAAAGGCGGUGGGUGGUGGGAAGGACGGCGGAGCGACUAAGAGAGAACCUGAGAAGGGCUGGGCACAUCCGGAUUUGAAGGUCCUGUUGACGAGGGAAGCAAAGUUUGCUGCGAGGACUCCAACGCGGAGUGUCCCGAGUGCGACAAGUAGUUCGGAUGCGAACAGAGGAGGGACAACCCUUUCGAAGGGGGCAAUUGCUGGAAUUGCAGUUGGUGGGGCGGUGGCUAUCAUUGCGGCGCUGGUUGGGACUUGCUGGUUUAUCAAGCGACAUCGACGACGACGGAUUCAAGACGAGAAAAGCAGGAGGGAGAAGGCCCUCGCUGAUGGUGCCGGAUUGGGUACUAUGGCUUCACACUCGGAUGGUGUGCCGCCUUGGAGCCCUGGGAUGACGGCUAUGACCGGAUAUACACCCACGACGGCGUAUUCCGAUGGUCCCUUUCAGAGACAGCAACAGGAAGGUAGCGUGUAUUCUGCCAAUGUUCCUCGCCCUCCCGCAGAGUUGGAAGGGAAUACGUACUGGCAGGGACCAGAUGGAGUAACGUACGAGCUGACAAGUCCGGCGUCGGCGGUAUCUGAACAACAGCAAAGCCUCCAAACCAAGAUUGAUUUCCAAGGACGAGUCUGGAUGCAGGUCCCGCCAGCUGGAAGAGGUGACCAUGGUAGUCUUGUGUCAAGGCAUGGGACCGUGACCGGAACCGGGUCAGGGUCCGGAACGCCAACAACCACAGCAGCCGACCUUCAUGGGACGGAGCCCCAAAUAACGCCGACAGAGCCACAAGAACUCGGCGUCAAUCCGAAACGCGGAAGUGCGGACGCCGCAACAAUCUUGACGGGUUCGGCAGGCUGGGAUGCUGCAAGGGGGAGACCGAAGCAUCACACUUUUUAUCAUCCUUGA